CCACGACUGCCCUAAACACUGGGCUCCAGCUACCCCAACCUCUUGGCUGGAUUGGCCCAGCUUGGUUCGGCCUCAGUUCCUUUGCACUGGCCAUUCCUCCUGUCUGAGAUGCCACUCCCUUCUGCCUGGCCAACUCCUACUUUUGUUCAAAUCUCUACUUUCCUCAACCCUCCAGAAAGCACUCUGGCACCCCCAGAUGGGGUGGUCCCCUGACACCCCUGGCACAGCGCCCACACCCUCCUUAGCAGCAGUUUUUCACAACAACAUUCUGUGGUUCCUUGCUGAAUCCUGUCUGUUAUCAUUCAGCAUUAAGCAGUAGUGGUUCAAAAUCACGGGCCCAUUGUGUCCCCAGUGCCUGGCCCAGUGCGCUGUACCUGUGUGUUGCCUGGCAGACUGAGGCGUUCGGCUGACCCUCCCGUGCCCGCAGGCCGAGGAUGCAGCGCUGGAAGGCAGCAGCCUUGGCCUCGGUGCUCUGCAGCUCUGUGCUCUCCAUCUGGAUGUGUCGGGACGGCCUGCUCCUCAGCCACCGCCUUGGACCCGCGCUGGCCCCGCUGCGCCGGCCACCUCGAACCCUGGACGCCCGGAUCGCCCGCCUGGCCCAGUCCAGGUGUGCCAGCCUUGGGGGCAGGUCCCGGCUAAACUCAGGAUUCCCCCUCCCAACCUGUGACUGCAACCUGUCAGGCUGGGAGCCUCCUGCCAGCCAUUCCAAAGUCUGCACUUCUUUCCUGGGGCUGCGGAGCACAACAGAUCCUCGAAUAAAGUUAUUGCCUUGCUGCCGCCCGACGGCCUACGAGGACGAAGUGUCUUUUCUGGACACGAACAGCCGCUACCACACGGUGCACGAGCUGUCGGCGCGCGAGUGCGCCUGCGUGUGACCCUACCUCACCCGUCCCGGCCGGACAGCACCCACCGUUCCAGCUGUCAAACCGGGCGACAGACUGCCCAUGCGCGGAAGAUGCCGUCGAGGUUUCGGGACUCUCGCGAUAACUGUACAGAUAAAGUGUGGAAAGUCGA